AUGUGUGGUAUUUUGUUGAGAGUAUCAAAAGCUCAAUAUGCUGAAGUGUCCUGUAUUCCAAAUUUAUCUGCAGUAAAUGAAAAGAAUUUUCCUCACCAAAAAUGGGAAACAAAUGAUAAAUCAAUCAUUAAUCAUUUUACAAAUCAAGGUUCCAAAGUUAAAUCACUAAGCAAACAACAAAUAUACAAAUUGAACAACUUGGACAACUUACGAUUGUUAAACUCUCAAUUAUCAAAGAUCAAAAAUAAUGUCAAAAUUUCGGCAAAUGAAAAGACUAACAAAAUUACAGAAGUUCAAUCCAAAAUCAAUGAAAUUACAAAAGAAGAUCAAGACGAAAUUAAGAAGAACGACUUCGAUGAGUUGAUAUACAAAACAUCAAAUAGAGGGCCCAAUUAUCUAAACUAUACAAAGUUCAAACAUGAUGGCUCAUAUUUUCAAUUAUUUUCAGCAAUUUUAUCGUUAAGGCAACCUUUUACCAAACAACCUAUCUUCAAAGAUGAAUUUGUUUUACAAUUUAAUGGUGAAUUGUACAACUCUGAGUGUAUGGACAGUAAUGAUACUCAAUUUAUUAUCGAAUGUUUACAUUCAAAUUUAAAAGAUACAAGUGAUAGAAAGUCAGCAAUUUUGAAGACUUUAAAUUCCUUAAACGGGGAGUGGGCGAUUAUUUUGAUUGACUUGGUAAAUGAUAAAAUUUAUUUUGCUAGAGACGCUAUUGGAUGUCGAUCUUUGUGCUAUGAUAUUACUGAUGAUGGGUUAUAUAUCAGUUCUAAUUCAACUCUUGGCUUUUUUGAAUGUCUGAAUUCUGCAUAUGAAUAUGAUUUAAAAAGCGGAGAGAUGAACGUUGUACAAUUACUUAACUUGCCAGAGCCAACUUUUGAGCAAGUGGACAACGAGCAAGUGAUAAUGAAUGAGCUACGUCAAAGAUUAUCACACUCAACAAAAAUUCGUUAUGAGUCUAUACAUCCUUUGACUUGUCUGGAAAAUGAAAGCAAACUAGCUGUAUUAUUUAGUGGUGGGCUUGAUUGUACAAUUAUAGCAAGACUUCUAUGUGAAUCGAUUAGUGAAGGAAAUAAGGAUUCAUCGAUUGAUCUACUAUCAGUUGGAUUCGAAAACCCAAGGACAAAGGAGCUACCGACUUCAAGUCCUGAUAGAAAAUUAGCUAUCAAAUCAUGGUUUCAUUUAUGCAAGUUAUUUCCUCAUUUAAAAAUUAAUUUGGUUGAAAUCGAUGUUGAUUAUUCAAGUUGGUUAAUUCAUAAGUCUAGAGUAAGAGAAUUAAUGUUUCCAUGUAAUACAGAGAUGGAUUUAUCUAUUGCAAUAGCUUUUUAUUUUGCUUCUUCAAUUUUACCAGAUUUGACAGUUCAAAAGAAAUUGAAUGAAUACAAUGUCGAUUGGGAAAUUUUUGAGCAAAACCAGAGAAAAUAUAUCGAUAUCACAACUAAAUAUGUAUCCUCAGCAAAAGUGCUAUUUAGUGGACUAGGUGCUGAUGAAUUAUUUGCCGGAUAUUCAAGACAUGAAGGAAUUUUCAACAUCUUAGGGGAUUCAAAUUACGAAGAAUUAGCGCAAUCUUUAAAUUACGAUAUUCAAAUCAUUCAUGUAAGAAAUUUGGGUAGAGAUGAUAGAGUUAUUAAUUGUUGGGGUAAAGAAUUAAGAUAUCCUUAUUUAGAUGAAGAUUUUAUUAAAUGGGUGAUUUCAGCCAUACCGCCUCAAUUGAAACUCAAAUAUAUAAAAGUCAACGAUAAAAAAGGAAUAGAAAAGCUUCAAUUUACUAGAAAAUACAUUUUAAGAGAAUUAGCAAAAGAUUUGGGAAUGGACUGGAUUUCUAACGAAUUGAAAAGAGCAAUUCAAUUUGGUGCUAAGAGUGCAAAAUUGGAAAUUGGACAAAAUAAAUCAAAAGGUACAGAUUCUUUAUAG